UCUCAUCACUGCUUUCAGAUAUAGGUUCUCUAUCUAUUGGGUCCUACAAGUAUCCUAAUCUCUUUACAGUGCAGUCUAAAGCACAAUGGACUAUGGAUUCUAUGUGCAACAAUUUGUCCCACUGAUGAACCUGGAUCCUGGAAUGCAAGGGAUUCCCAACCUCAACAUGAGUGUCCCAGCACCAUCAACAGUAUCACCCCUCAUCUCAGAUUCAACAUUCUUUGACAUAUUGUGGAAUUUUUGCUCCUUCAUUAAACAUACAGCAGUGAUCUAUUCUUGCUCACCACAGUCAGUAAAGUGGAUCUACUAUAGUACUAUGCUCCUCAAUAUGCUCAUGCUCUGGAUCUUGUACAUAUUCUCAGUCACAACAUUUUCUACUUUUAGAUAUUUCAUCAUUUUGCCUGUCCCUUCCCUGAUGGAUUACUCUGAAUUCUUCAGAGCUUGCAUGCUGGGUGCCUUUGUUUUGAGUCCUGUCUGGCUUCUGCUUAUAUGGGUAAUUUCACACAUGACUAUUCCUGUUGAUGCUGUCUCAACUAGAGCUCAAAAAGCAUGCCAUGCACUCAUUUUCCAGCUCUUUUUCUUUGCAGCUGUCAUUGCAGUUAUGAUCGCUAACGUCGUGGUCAGUGUAGUAGUGAAGGGAGGCAACAUGAUGUUGGAUAGGAUCCAUGCUGCUCAGGCUG